AUGGAGCAUUCAAAAGAUACCGGUUCAUCAAGUAGGAAUGGCAACGUUUUCAAGUUGUAGGUUAUUGAAACAUAAUAAAUUAAUACGUAUAUCAGACCAGAACCAUUGGAAAAAAGACUAUUUAUCCUUAAUUAGAUUUAGUACGCAUAAAUCAUUCAAUGAAUCCGAAGUGGUUGUUCCAUUGCCUAACGGGAGGAACCUUAGGCUCUCCACAGGUAAAUAUGCACGUUUUGCUGAUGGAUGUGCUGUGGCUUCUCUCGGAGAUACCUCUGUUAUGGUUACGACAGUCAGUAAAACUUAUACAUCCAAUACUUCGUUUCUACCUCUGGUAGUAGACUAUAAACAAAAAGGAGCUGCAGCUGGCCGUAUUCCUACAAAUUUUCUACGGCGGGAACUAGGACCAACGGAGUAUGAAAUUUUAACAAGUCGUCUAAUAGAUAGAUCAAUUAGACCACUUUUUCCACAAGGAUAUUCUUAUGAGACACAGAUAAUGUGUAACAUGUUGGCAAUAGAUGGUAUCAACGACCCAGAUGUACUUUCCAUUAAUGGUGCGUCUGCUGCUUUAGCUUUGUCCGAUGUACCAUGGAAUGGUCCUGUUGGUGCUGUUAGAGUAGGGUUGAUUGAUAAUGAAGUAAUAAUUAAUCCAACCCGACGAGAAAUGCAUCAAAGCCUACUGAAUCUUAUUGUAAGUGCUACAAGCCAAAAUUUAGUCAUUAUGAUGGAAGCAUCAGCAGAGAAUAUCUUGGAGCAAGAUUUAAAAAAAGCUAUCAAGCUUGGUGUGAAGGAAUGUCAGGGUAUUGUUACUUCAAUACAACAGCUACAAAAAGGACAUGGAAAACCAAAAAGAGAUGUAACACCUGUUCCUGAGAGUUUUCAAGAAUUAAUAGAUACUGUCAGAUCUCUAUCAGAAAUGAAACUUCGUGAAAUAUUUACGGACUAUAAACACGACAAGAUAUCAAGAGAUACAGCUGUUAAUAAUGUUAGAACGGACGUUAUGGAAAGUAUGAAAAAGAGUUACUCCGAUUUGGACCUCCCUAUGGUGGUGGAGGCUUUUGGACAAAUUAGUAAACAAAUCUUCCGAUCCCUUAUUUUCGAAAAUGAGAUAAGAUGCGAUGGUCGAAAACUAGAAGAAAUCCGAGAUAUAACGUGUGAAGUAAAUCUGUAUAAACCGCUGCAUGGAUCAGCUCUGUUUCAGCGAGGCCAAACACAAGUCUUUUGCACCGUAACUCUUGACUCUGUUGAGAGUGCCUUAAAAAUGGAUCCGAUAUCCAUGUUAGCAGGUGGAGUAAAAGAGAAAAAUUUCUUUUUGCAUUACGAGUUCCCACCAUAUGCCACUAACGAAACAGGACGAAUGGGUCCUAUAGGUCGAAGAGAAAUGGGCCAUGGGGCUUUGGCUGAACGAGGCUUACGCGCUGUCCUUCCAAAAGAUUAUCCAUUCACCAUACGACUUACCAGUGAAGUUCUGGAGUCAAAUGGUUCCUCAUCCAUGGCAUCUGUCUGUGGAGGAAGUAUGGCUCUAAUGGAUGCUGGUGUACCUAUAUCUUCUGCAGCAGCGGGUGUUGCAAUGGGUUUAAUUACUAAAUAUAAUGAAAAGUCACACCAAAUUGAAGAUUACAGGAUACUUACAGACUUACUGGGUAUCGAAGACUACAUGGGAGAUAUGGACUUUAAGGUAGCUGGAACAAAAAAAGGAUUUACUGCUUUGCAGGCUGACAUAAAGAUUCCUGGUCUUCCAUUAAAAAUCGUAAUGGAGAGCAUAUCUCGUGCCUUAGACGCUAAAUCACAAAUUAUUAAUAUUAUGAACACAGUCAUUGCUAAGCCUAGAUCUGAAAAGAAAGACAAUCUGCCCGUUACAGAAGACAUUGAAGUACCUGUUCAUCAACGAGGUAAAUUCCUCGGAGUGGGAGGUUCAAAUUUAAAAAAGAUUCUGGUCGAGACUGGAGUCCACAUACAUCCCUCAGAUGAAAAUAUAUAUACCAUCUUCGCUCCUAAUCAAGCGGCAAUGGAUGAAGCAAAGGAAAUGAUUCAGAAUUUAAUGUCACAAUCGCGCGAGCCAACUCUUGACUUUGGUGGUAUUUAUACGGCAAAGAUAGUUGAGAUUCGCGAGACUGGCGUUAUGGUUACUUUGUAUCCCACUAUGAAUCCAACGCUGCUUCAUAAUUCCCAAUUAGAUCAACGCAAGAUUAGCCAUCCAUCCGCAUUAGGUCUUGAAGUAGGUCAAGAACUACAAGUUAAAUAUUUUGGAAGAGAUCCAGUCUCAGGGCUCAUAAGGUUGUCACGCAAAGUCUUACAAACUCCAGGAAAUAAUAUAAUUAAAAAUUUCGUAUCGACAUCGUGAAAACACAACAGAAUAUUUUAUAAUAAUGUAAAUGAGAAAUUUAGAGCAAUUUAUGAAGGUUGCUCAAGGAUCUAGCACGAGAAAGAUAUAGACAUUGUAAUAUAUUUGUCUAUACAAGUACAAAGUUUCAGUGACGUGCGUGUUUAGAACUUAUGUCAUCAAAGGAGACUCAUAGAACAAUGUCUAUUCGUGCUGUUAUGGACAUUCUCUGUAUUUGCGCGUAUAGCUCUUGUAUAUAUUAUUAAUUUUCAUAUAACUGUACCAAGACACUGUUUUUCUCACUAUAGAAAACGGAUUACAUUACUUAUUUUAUUAAAUACAUUGCGAGAUUUAGAAUUGUGUGAUAGUAUCUGCAAUGAUAGAUUAUAAUUUGUAUAAAGUUUCGAUGUAAUAAAAGAAUGACUAUUCGAACGUUAA